UUUUAAACUAUUUUAAGCCAAUGGGUAAGCUGGACAGUCAAAAAUAAGGGCAUUGUUGUUUUGAUCUCUGAAAAGCUAUCACUGAAGUUCCAGCUUAAGUUUUUAAGAAAUGAAAUUAACUGGUUUGGAAGCUCCAAGAUCCAUAAAAGAUUAGAAAAUGACUUCACAAAUAUUCAAUCAUCUCAAUUUAUGGAUGGAGAUAAAGCUAGGCUCAGUGAAUUAAUCAAAUUAAUAACUAUUGAUAUAGAAAGACAACCAAGACAAGGCAACCAAGGAGACGAGAGGAAGGAAUCAUAUGAAGAAAAUAAGAUUGCUAAAUCACAAGACCUUCCGAAUGAAGCAAAUGAAUUAAAAGAGAAAUAUAGAAAACUUCUGUGAAAUCGAGAUCAACUAUGCUCCCACAAGAACGGAUGUAUCAAGAACUCUUUCAAAGGCCUCUUAAGAAACUUUGCUAUCGGCUUCGGCCUCAAUGCUGCCAAAAUAAUUUUGUUCGGCUUGCUCAGACCAGCCAAGUUCACUCGGAACUUUACUUGGAAGAACUUGCUGAGCUGCGCCAGACUGGGAGCGUUUCUGGGGUUGUGGAACUUCAGUUACAAAGCAUUGUUGUGCAUGGGCAGAAGGCUGUUUAAGAGCGACAAGAUCAGUUCAGUGGUGGCAGGUGCCAUUUCAGCGCUUUCAUUAGCCAUUGAAGAGCAGAGUCAAAGAGAAACAAUCGCUCUAUAUUUAUUUGCUAGGAGCACUCAUGCAAUGGCACUUAAGUUAGAGAAUGACGGAAUAACAAGAAAUCCAGAUAAAGGAGAAGUUAUGUUUUGCACUAUAUGUGUAGUUGGAGUAAUAAUGAUCUCAAUGUACCAUGUUGGUAAUUUUUAUGAACUAAAAUUUAGAAAUUUUAAGUAAAUCUCUAAACAAAAUCGUUUUUACAAUGCUAGUACAAAAGAACAAUGAUAAGAUAUGUAGACUCAUAAACUACUACAAGAGAAAUAAGGAACUAAAUGGAAACACUGACUUCAACAUCACCACUUGGCUGAAGGAUAUUUAUCCUACUUCGAACAUAUAAUCUUCA